AUGGAUGAUUCUGAAAGUAAUGUUGGACAUUUAAAAACCUUUGUACAAAUAAACCAUGAUAACAUUAUAUUGCCUGGAGAACUUUAUCGUACCAAUCAAGAUGUUGGAAUCUGUAUAUUUGUUCAUGGAUCUGGAUCUAGUAGAUUAAACUUAUUGGCCAAGAGGGUGGUAUCGGUAGUUGACCAAUUUAAAAAGGACUUAACUCUCAAAGAUUUGCCGAUUGGAUUACCCGAUUUGGUCAGUUCCGAAAUUCUUAAAGAAAUACCCACACCAACUUUACUUAUAGUUGGUGGAAAUGACCCUGCGGUACUGAGCUUUAAUGAGAAAGCAUUAAAGAAUUUAGGCAGUCCAAUAAAGCAAUUGGAGAUUGUUCAAGGAGCAUCUCACUUGUUUGAAGAACCAGGUAAAGUUUAUCGAACUGAGUAA